AUGGACUCUAAUCAUAUGUUUGCAGGAGUCGGAAUUUUCGUUAUUAACAAGCAAGACCAAAUUUUAGUGGGCAGGCGAAAAGAUUAUAAUGACUUUGGCUUACCUGGAGGAAAACUUGAGUAUUUAGAAUCAGUAGAAGAAGCAGCACUGAGAGAGCUAGAAGAAGAAACUGGGCUUAAAUCUUCAAUUGAAGAUAUAAAAGUAUUUAAAGUUGCAAAUUUAGUUGCAAGAAAGCAAAGCCAUGCAGUAUCUUUCUAUGCCGCAUUGCAAAUUCCUGAAAAUCAAACUCCUGAAAAUCUUGAACCACAUAAAAGCGAAGACUGGAUGUGGGUGACAUGGGAAGAAAUGAUGAAGCUUGAUCUUUUUUAUCCAUUACAAGUAGGUCUUAGAUCGAUUUCUCCUUUGAAAUAUGAUGACAUUCCAGCCUUGCCCUCAAUUUUAAUAAAAGAAAAUUAA